AUGUCUGUUGAAUCCCUUGCUCGUCGUCUCUCGGCCAUAUCAGCGCAUCUUGACACUAACACAAUGUCUCGACCGAAAGUUGUGAUCGCCCGACAUUUGGGUCCUGAUGUGAUGCCAUUGUUUAACCGGCCAGACCUGGAUGUGGUAACCUGGCAUUCGGAGACAGAGGCUUGUAGUCGAAAAUGGCUGCUUGAGAACAUUUGUGGGGCAGCAGGUGUUCUAGUGAUGUUAGGUGAUGGCAAGGUCGAUGCUGAGUUUUUGGAUACAGCGGGACCCAAUUUGCGCGUAGUCUCCACGAUGUCUGUCGGCUAUGAGCAUAUCAACCUGAAGGAAUUAGCUCAGAGGAAUGUCAAACUCGGGUACACGCCUGACGUCCUCACAGACGCAGUGGCCGACGUAUCCAUAAUGCUCGCACUCAUGGCAGGCCGAAAUGCAAGAGAGACUACCACUAUAUGGCCAAACUGUCCAUGGUCGCCCUUCCAGUUCUGCGGUCCACAGCUGAGCGCAAACUGGAUCCACCAAACGCGGACCGCAGGCUUUAUCGGGUUUGGGCGCAUCGCUCAGGCGACACUCGCGCGACUCAUCCCUUUCGGCUUCACACACUGUCUCUACAGCGGAAAUCCCGGCUCUGCGCCGAACACCGCGCGCGACGCCGAGCUAGCGCGGACGCACAAGCUCCAGAGCGUGCGCCGCGUCACGCUGGACGAGCUUGCGCGCGGGAGCGACGUCGUGUUCGUGCUCGCACCGAGCUCGCCGGACACGCGGCAUAUCGUGAACGAGGGAUUCCUGAAGCAGAUGAAGAAGACGGCCGUGCUGGUCAACACAGCUCGGGGCACGCUUGUCGAUUCGGAUGCGCUCGCGAAGGCGCUCAGGGAAGGGUGGCUGUGGGGGGCAGGGAUCGAUGUUGUGGAGGGCGAGCCGAAUGUCACCACAGAGCACCCGCUCGUUAAGGAGCCUCGAUGUGCUGUACUCCCACAUAUUGGCAGUGCGACGACGGAGACGCGGCUUGGUAUGGCAACAAUGGCAGCGAAAAACUUGAUUGCGGGAGUUCUGGAUGGCGAGAUGCCCGCAGAACUGAAUCUGAUACGAGAAGUAUUACGAUAA